GGGGGUGAAAGAGAAACCUAGGCAGGGCAGGGGAUAGUGUCUGAAGGAUGAGGGGGGGCAGUCAUUUCUGGGAAAAGUGGAGAGAAAUUUCCGGAGAACACCAGCCAAGUCAACAAACUUUUAUUAAACAUUUAAAAAUAGUCAUCUUUCCUCAACAAGAAAAAAGACAAUCCCAACCUUUAAGGAAUUUCUAUUCUAAUGGGGAUGAUAACUCAUUAAAAAAAAAAAGCUUGAAAGGGAGUAGGGAAAAUUAUACCCACGUGAGGGCGAAGUGGAAGAAAAUCCCGAGUCCUACAGGGAGUCUAGAGAGAAAAGGAAGAAUGAACGCAGAGAACAUGAGUACGAAACUCUUAAACCUUGCUGGUGACAGCACCAUAUCUUUGAACAAUUUCCUUUCUUAAUUCUCAGCUUUCUUAUUAGUAAAAUGAUUUAACUUCCAGCUCUAAAUCCGAUCUUUCCUAAACAACCUUUCUUCCUCCGGGGGGCGGGUCCGCUCCGAGGCUCGGGGUUGGAGUUCCGGAAGGAGGCUUCCCAUUCACUGACCUUAUGAUUCCGGGCCUCUGCCCUUAUUUGGGCAAGAGGAAGUAGAGCUUGCACCCGGCGAACGGUCCCCGGGCCGCCGGACGUCACGGUUACCUAAUAUAGUCAUGGAAACGAGAACUAGUGGCGGGAAUGCACGAAAGCAUCACAAGAGGCGGGGCCUUCCUCUUAAAGGGGCCGGACUUAAGGAAGUUGGGGCUACGGUUGAAACGCCUUCCUUUUUCCUUAAGUUACUCGCAAAGUCUUUCCUUUUAGUAAAGCAGAUAUCGUGAGACGGCACGGGCGUGGAAAACAGGAGUGAAUCUGUGCUAUAUCACGUUUAGUGUUUGUAUCUAGUUCUCUGUCCCCUUCCUCAUCCUUUCCCCUCAGCCUCGAAGCCAGCCGGGGCUACCUAGCUUUUAGGAAUUGUGAAUUUUGUAAGGCAGACACCAGGCUUUUCCCGAUGCUUAGACAAGAACUGAUCGCUUUGCACAAGGUGCAAAUGGGGAACUUGUCUCGGCCCCACGAUGGAACCGAGGUAUGCCCUGGAAGGAUUGAAGUUCUCGCGCCUUCUUUCGAGCGACCUGUCUCCGAGCCGUUGACUGCAAAUAAAGCUUACUUGAGAUAUCCCACAACACGCGCUUGAGGGGCUCUUCCCCUCCCUCUAGCUCACUUCGAGCUUAGGAACAAUACGCGCCCAACUGCAGGAACCAGAAGGAAAUUCUUCGGCUAAUGGGGAAGAGGAGUUUCUCCCCACCCCCAACUCUGUGCAGUCCAGUCUCUUCAGCCCUCUUCCCCUCCCCCACUCUCCCUAGAGCUUUGAAUUAGGCCUGGCAUUUCCGUCCUGUGGCUUUAAAGGCCCUCCGGUGGCGGGUCGAAAAGCCGGGAUACGGCUUUCUGAUUGGGUGGGGCGGCUCCUCGGUGACGCAACUAGAAAUAUAAAGAGCUCGGUCUCGGGCCGGGUUUGCCUCAUUUGUGUAAACCGUUUCGACCUUGUUCCUGAGUUUAGGGAAGAAUUUGUCUCCAGUUUGAGGUGGGCGAUUGGGGGGUGAAGACAAACGAAGAAGAGGGCGUGAUCACUCUCGUUGCCCACGUCUGUUACAGGCCUUUGCCCAAGAGUCGUCCCCCAGCCCGACCUCUAAACGACCCUCCCUUUUCUCUUGUGUUGCUGCGUCCCGGUCCCGGCAUGGAAGCACAGAAGGAAGCGCAGCGUAUCAUGACCAUGUCGGUGUGGAAGAUGUACCAUUCACGCAUGCAGCGCGGCGGCUUGAGGUUGCACCGGAGCCUUCAGCUGUCGCUGGUCAUGCGGAGCGCCAGGGAGCUCUACCUCUCCGCCAAGGUAGAAGCAGAUGAGGCGGAACUACCCUUCCCUGCCGCUGCCCUGGCCCCCGCCUCGACCCUGCCCCAGCCCAUGACCGUAGCCGACGCCGAAGCUGACUCUCCGCCUAUGUCUGAAGAGACGAUCCCGGCCCCAGAGCCCAUGGAGACGCAGGAAGCUAGGGAAACCGAGUCGGCGCCCGCCUGCAGCCACCUGCCUCCAGUGCCUCCGCGCUCGUUGAAAGCCAACCGCAAGCGCCGAAGUAGUAGCUUGGGCCAGGGUGGGGAAGCCGGGCUGGUCCCCAGCAAGAAAGCUAGGUUGGAGGAAGAAACGGCGCCGGCUGAAGGGAAAGCCGAGGUCGAGGCUGAGGACUUGGGGAAGCGGCAGUCUCAGGUGGAGGAGGGCCCCUUCCCCAGUUUGGCCCGAGUUUUACAAAAGCGCUUCUCCGGCAUCCUGAGUAACUCCGGGGGGCCACCAAAGCCCACUGCCCCUCCUCCCUCCUGUGAACUCAAGCCGGGUUGCCGCCAGACAGAUAACAUGAUAAACAUCUUGGUGCGGACGGUGGUGGCUUUCUAACACAAGCCUUGGACUCCGGACUGUGCCCGUAGCUUUAGCUGGCCCGAGCUAAGUCGAGGCCGCUGUCCAGCCCUGAGCGACUUGGGGGGGGCUUAGGCUCUGGUCCGCCCACCUCCCGGAGAGGAAGACUGACCUCGCUCCUGUCCUUCCCCAGGCGCUGGUGACGGCUUUGGUGGCAGAGGGGAGUGGUGGUGGGGGGACAAGAGAGCAGCUGCUGAUCUGGAGAAUCUGCUCCAUAACGCUGCUAAGAGGCUGGUCCGAGAGAAGAUGGGACGCUAUUUCUGACCUCGGUAGCAGUCACCCUCCAGGCUGAGGUGGAAGGGACCGCGAUUCGGAUUGAAAGCGGGUGAAACCAGCCAGCACCCAUCCAGACUUCAGAGACUCAUGGGGGGACCCUGGUGGUCUUCCCUUUAAGAGAUCUGCCUCAGACCUUUCUAUAGGAAAGAGACAUAUAUAUAUAUGAUGGUGCUAUUAACAUGACGGUUAUUUCCUCUUCCCUAACUUAAUGCUUGUUUUUGGCCGCCAGUGGAGGCGGUGGUGGGAGCAGCAAGUGCUGGAUAUGAGGGCGUUUGCUGGGGUGGGAGGUGAGGUGGGGGAGGCUGGGUAGAAUCUCCUUUCUCAGGGUUGAAACUUUUUAAAAUUGGGGGCGGUACUUCUGUCCCAUUAAAGCUUUUUUAUAUAAAAUUCAUUGAUGUUUCAAGAGUAUCACUGGCCUCCUUUUUUCCCUUCAAAAAAAUUUCAGCCACCCCUACAAUGACACACUUGUUCAUAUGGUCACACUGACAUCAUGGCCCCAGGGGACUUCCUGUUUGCUGUCUUAUGAACUCAGUGUGAGUCUUUGGGUGGUGAGUUGGGAGGGAGUGGUGGGACUGCUCUUCAGGGGUGUUGAGUGGCUCUGUUGAAGGAGUGAAGUGUGGGUGUGGAGUUAUUAGGGGUUUAUGAGUCAUUUAACCUAGAAAGGGAAGUGAUUCCUAACUAGAUUCUUCAUUAGUGAUGGUCAGGAAAUAGGGAUUUGGAAUUCCAUUCCCUUGUCCAUCUCGGAUACAAACUAGAUUGGUCAUUUAUGUCUGAGUCAUACUGGAAGAAGGGGGUCGGUGGGAAGGAGAAACGAAGUACUAGAAAUAUAUGAAGAUGUUAGCAUCCCACAUAGCUAUAGUUCCUGUUCCUGUAGGAUUGGAGUUUAUAAAACAAAAAGAACUUGGUCUGCUUGCUUUUUGAGGUCCUGGAGAAGCAACAAAAAACAUGCUUGUUGGUUACUUUCAAUCCACUGAUUUUACCCAGGAAAACUGGGACCUAGAACAGUGAGUAUUGUCACGAAUCUUCAGACUCAAUUUGGUUCUUUCCUGGUUCUAUUAAGCCAUUAAAACUGUCUUCCUACAAACAUGUACUGUUUACCCUCUUUCUUUGAAGGUUUGCUUGAAUUUUUUGUUGUUUGUUUAAAUCAGCCUUAGGAUUUUUUUUUUGUAAUAUUGCCAAACUGAAAAUAAAAAGAUCUUUUCUAUUCAA